UCUUUUUUUUUUCUUAUUACUGCUGUCCUUCAAAUCCAUCGAUCCUUCCUUCUUUCUCAGGUACUUUUUUUCCACUUCAUAAACCCUAAUUCAUAAAUAUAUAUAUACACACACAUACAUACAUCUAUAUAUCUAAAUCUAUACAUCCAUCCAUCUAUAUCUAUUAUAUUUAAAACUCUCUCAUAAAACCCUAGCUACAUAAAAAUGGAGUGGAAUCCUCAAACCCUACAGUUCCUCUCUCAAUCAUUUCUCGAUACACUCUCACCUCAAACCGAACCCCGCCGCCGCGCCGAGAAAAACCUCUCCGACGCCGCCGAUAACCCUAACUACGCCCUCGCCGUUCUCCGUCUCGUUGCCGAACCUUCCGUCGACGAACAGAUCCGUCAAUGCGCCGCUGUCAACUUCAAAAACCAUCUCAAAACACGAUGGAUUACGUCAUCAGGUACUUCUCCUGUUAUUUCCGAUGCUGAAAAACAACAGAUUAAACAGUUGAUUGUUCCAUUAAUGUUGUCUGCUAGCCCGAAGAUUCAGGCGCAACUUAGCGAAGCUUUGUCGGUUAUCGGGAAUCAUGAUUUCCCGAAACUAUGGCCAGAUUUGCUUCCUGAACUUAGGUCUAGUCUUGAGAAGGCUAUUAAUGGUAAUGAUUUUGCUUCUGUUAAUGGUAUUCUUGCUACAGUGAAUUCGUUGUUUAAGAAGUUUAGAUAUUUGUAUAAGAGUGAUCCUAUUUUGCUUGAUUUGAAAUACUGUUUGGAUAACUUUGCUGCUCCUUUGUUGAGUACUGUGGAGAGUUUGUCGGGUAGGGUGAAUGCUGCGGUUGGGGCGGGGGACCGUGUUAAUCUUCGCCAGCUGAUUGAAGCGCAAAGGCUUUGUUGUCGGAUAUUUUAUUCGUUGAAUAAAAUGGAUUUGCCAGAGUUUUUUGAGGAUAAUGCUGAUAAGUGGAUGAAUGAGUUUAGGAAUUAUCUUACUGUGAGGUACCCGAUUAUUGAAGAUACUGGUGCUGAUGGUGUUGCAGUUGUGGAUGGGUUGCGUGCCGCUGUUUGUGAUAAUAUUAGUCAUUAUAUGGAGCAUGAGGAGGAAUUGUUUCAAAGGUAUUUGAGUGGGUUUGUGGAAGCUGUUUGGAGUCUUCUUGUGGUUGCUUCAGCGGCUCCAAGCCGUGAACGGUUGACCGUUACUGCCAUUAAGUUUUUGACUAUUGUUAGUACAAGUGUUCAUCAUGCGCUGUUUUCUGGGGAUGAGAUAUUGCAGCAGAUUACUCAGAGUAUUGUGAUACCUAAUGUGAUGUUAAGGGAUGAAGAUGAAGAGCUGUUUGAGAUGAACUAUGUUGAGUUUAUUAGGAGAGAUAUGGAAGGGAGUGAUCUUGAUACAAGGAGGAGGAUUGCUUGUGAACUUCUUAAGGGAAUUGGGGGAAAUUACAAAGAGAAGAUUACUGAAAGGGUUUCAGCACAGAUUAACAGUUGCUUGGCUUUGUUUAACGAAAACCCCGCUGCUAACUGGAAGUAUAAAGAUUGUGCUAUCUACUUGGUUGUAUCUCUUGCCAUAAAAAGGGCAGGUGGUGCUUCAGUCUCGACUGAUCUGGUAGAUGUUGAAAGUUUUUUCCGAUCAGUUAUUGUGCCAGAGUUACAGGGCCAAGAUGUCAAUGCCUUUCCAAUGUUGAAGGCAGGUGCAUUGAAGUUUUUCACCAUGUUUAGGGUCCUAAUUCCUAAACCUGUUGCUAUGGCUCUUCUUGGUGAUGUGGUUCGUUUUCUUAGCUCAGAUGUUAACGUGGUUCAUUCUUAUGCUGCUAGUUGUAUUGAGAAGCUUUUGCUUGUCAAGGAAAAUGGUGGACAGGCAAGAUAUACAUCUGCAGACAUUGGCCCGAUUCUGCCAGUGUUGAUGACAAACCUUUUUGGUGCAUUGGAGAAGCCAGAGUCUGAGGAGAAUCAAUAUAUUAUGAGGUGCAUUAUGCGUGUUCUUCAGAUUGCUGAUAUAUCUCCUGAGGUAGCUUCACCCUGCAUUACUGGGCUGACAUCAGUUCUGAAUAGGGUUUGUGAGAAUCCUAAAAAUCCGGUGUUUAAUCAUUGUCUAUUUGAGGCAGUAGCUGCUCUUGUUCGAAGAGCAUGUGAAAGGACCCCUUCACUUGUGCCAGCGUUUGAAACAUGCCUUUUACCCAGCCUCCAGAUGAUAUUGGCUAAAGAAGUAACAGAGUUCUUUCCUUAUGCCUUUCAGUUGCUUGCUCAGCUUGUGGAUCUUAACAGACCUCCAAUUCCCCCACACUACAUGCAGAUAUUUGAUAUACUUUUGACACCUGAAUUGUGGAAAAAAUCUGCAAAUGUCCCGGCUCUUGUGCGUCUACUUCAGUCAUUUCUUCAACAGGCAUCUAAUGAGCUUAAAAGGGAAGGGCGAUUAAUCCAAGUGCUUGGGAUAUUCAACCAGCUUGUUUCCUCACCGAGCACAGAAGAACAAGCUUUUUAUAUUUUGAACCCAAUUAUUGAGAAUCUUGGGUAUGAUGUAAUUGCAGAGUACAUGAAUCACAUCUGGGCUUCCUUGUUUACUCGCCUUCAAAAUAGUAAAACCCCAAGACUUGUUAGGUGUCUAAUCAUAUUCAUGUCUCUUUUUCUGGUCAAGCAUGGUAUACAAACUCUUGUGGACUCUAUAAAUUCUGUUCAGGCGAAUCUAUUCCAGGCAAUUGUGGGUCAAUUUUGGAUACCUAAUCUUAGCACCAUAACGGGCACCAUAGAGGUUAAGCUUUGUGCAGUUGCAUCAAGUAAACUACUCUGUGAAUCACAAUCGCUGUUGGACCCUGCAGCUGAGGAGCUCUGGGGCAGGUUGCUGGAUGGGAUUGUUACUCUCCUUUCACAGCCGGAGGAGGCAAGAGUUGUGGAUGAACCAGAAGUUCCAGAUUUUGGGGAGGCAACUGGCUAUCAAGCCACUUUUGUUCGUCUUCACAAUGCUGGUAGAAGGGAGGAAGAUCCGUUAAGGGAAAUUCAGGAUCCAAAACACCAUUCAGUGGCUUUAUUGGCUAAUCUUUCUACGCAAUUCCGUGGGAGAUUCCCCCCGAUUAUUAAUAGAUAUCUUUCUCAGGCUAAUCAAGCUUCACUUCUUCAGCUUUGCAAUUCCUACAAUCUCACCAUAGUAUGAGACAAUAAUCCUGUCAAGGACAACUACACUUGAGGAUGCAAGGCAUUUGUGUCUGGUUUUGUCAGUCGAGUCGAGUCAAGUAAGGUGACGUGUCUGGUUCAUCAGUGGAGUCUAGUCAAGUAAAGGAUGGCGGGUUCAGGUCAAUAGUUCAGUCGGCUCAUUUUCCAUUUGAGAUUUCGUACAGUUUUGAAGAUGAAUGAAUGGCUACCAUCGUGUCCAGGUGAUAUUCUUCCUAGAUUUGCUCAUCUUAUCAGAUGGUAAAUCAAUAUUUUGGCAAAAGAGGGUUGUUUUUUAGUGUUGUGUGCAGCAACAUAUGUUGUUAUCAAUCAAACUCAUUGAGAUAUAUUGGAUACUAAGUUCUUUUGUUAUGAACAAUCGAAUGAGUUGUGAAUUA